AUGUCUUCCAACUCCAACCUGAUCACGCUCUCCUCCCUCAAGUACAUCCCGCCCGCGACCCUUGGCAACCUCCUCCUCGAUCCUACAGAGAAGGCCAAGAUCGCCAUAAUAGAUGUCCGUGACUCGGACCACAUCGGGGGCAACAUCCACGGUAGCACUUGGGUGCCCCUGAACCAGCUGGAUGUGCGGAUGCCCGAGCUGCUGCGCACGCUGAAGGACAAGGAAAAGGUGAUCUUCCACUGCAUGUUGAGUCAACAGAGAGGGCCGAAGGCAGCCUUGGCCUACGCGAGAGCGAAGCAGAGGGCGGACGCAAAAGAAGCCCGCGAGCAGGCACAAUCAGAGGAGAAGGCGGGAGAAGACAAGACGGAAGAGGGCGAGCAGCAGCAGCAGCCGGAGCCGUCUUCUUCGCAGGAAGUCUGUGUGCUGGAGGGCGGCUUUGGCUCCUGGCAAGCGCGUUUCGGCGAGGACUCGAGACUCACAGCAGAUUAUCAGCCCGACCUGUGGUCCUAA